AUGGAUCUACACGAAGUACAAGAUGCAACCGCGCGUUUCUUUAACGACGUGAACGCGCAGUUCCAGCGCAUCCCCGGUUCCGCCAUCGCCGUGCGCUACAUCAAGUCCAGCUACCAGAACGACCCCGUGCGAAGCGCAAUUGAGCUGUUCUUGUUCCUCUUCGCUGUCAGGUACUUGCUUGCGCCCAAGUAUAGUACACAGAAGAAGGUGCAGCUUACGGACGCGGAGAUUGAUGAAUUGGUCGAGGAUUGGACGCCUGAACCACUUGUCGCGCCGCCGACUGCGCAUGAGGAACUGGAUAAUGAGAAGAGGCCUGUUAUUGUGGGCCCGACUGGACCGAAAUCGAAGCUUUCGAAUGGCCGUACCGUUAUGAAUCUCGCAUCGUACAACUUCUACAACUUCGUCGCAAACGAGUCACUCAAAGAGAAGGCUAUUCAGACUCUUCGCACAUACGGUGUAGGACCUUGUGGUCCUCCUGGGUUCUACGGCACACAGGAUGUACACAUGAAGACGGAGGCAGAUGUAGCAGCACAUCUUGGGGUUCCCGCAUGUAUCAUCUACGCGCAGUCGUUCUCUACCAUUUCCAGCGUCAUUCCAUCGUUCUCCAAGCGUGGAGACAUCAUCGUCGCGGACAAGGCGGUCAAUUAUGCAGUCAGGAAGGGUAUGCAGAUUAGUAGAAGCACUAUCCGGUGGUACGAGCAUAACGACAUGGAGGACUUGGAGAACGUGUUGAAGAAGGUCGUCAAAGAGCAGGCGAAGAAGCCUCUCACACGACGAUUCAUCAUUACCGAAGGACUGUUUGAGAACAUUGGUGAUGUGGUCAACCUGCCCAAAUUGGUGGAACUCAAGCUCAAGUACAAGUUCCGCCUCAUCCUCGACGAAACCUGGUCCUACGGCGUGCUCGGCCGCACCGGUCGCGGCGUCACGGAAGCCCAGAACGUCGACGCAGCCGAAGUCGACAUGAUCAUCGGCUCGCUAUCCGGUCCUCUCUGCGCAGCUGGCGGUUUCUGCGCCGGCAACGAAGAAGUCGUAGAGCACCAGCGCAUUUCCUCCGCAUCGUACACAUAUUCCGCCGCUCUUCCCGCUUUACUCUCGACGACUGCUAGCGAGACCAUUUCGCUGCUGCAAGAACAACCAGAUAUUCUGAUGACAUUGAGGGAAAACAUCAAGGCUAUGCGCGCACAACUGGACCCCAGGAGUGACUGGGUGAAGUCGCAGAGUGCGAGCGAUAAUCCAAUGCUGCUGCUUACGUUCAAGCCUGAAGUUGUCGAGGCAAAGAAGCUCAGCGUGGAAGAUCAGAACCAGAUUCUCCGCGAUGUUGUUGACGAGUGUCUAGCGAACGGCGUCUUGAUCACGCGCCUCAAAGCCUUCCCUCUGGGCCUCGGAGUUAACCCACGAGACGCGGGGUGGCAGCCUCAGCCUAGCCUGAAGGUGUGUGUCACCAGUGGGCUGACGAAGAAGGAGACGGAGAAGGCGGGGACGGUUAUUAGACAUGCGAUUACGAAGAUGAUUAGUAGGAGGAAGUAG